GCAGAGCAGCAGCUGGCGGACGGAGCACAAGGCGGCGCGCACGCUCGGCGUAAUCAUGGGCGCCUUCAUCCUCUGCUGGCUGCCCUUCUUCCUCUGGUACGUGACUACGACGCUGUGCGGCGAGGCGUGCCACUGCCCGGACGUGGUGGUGGCGGUGCUGUUCUGGAUCGGCUACUUCAACUCGGCGCUGAACCCGCUGAUCUACGCGUACUUCAACCGCGACUUCCGCGACGCCUUCGGCAACACGCUGCAGUGCUUCUUCCCGUGCUGCUUCCGCAGCGCCUGCUGCCGCAAACCCGACACGCCCGCGGCGCACUACGUCUAGCUGAGGCUGCUGCGGCCAGACGCGCUCGGCCGCCAAAACCAGCACCGCUUCUGAUCCUCGGCGCUGACUCAGCGCCGCCAGUCGUCAGCGGUGUCAGUGGUCCACUCUAGCACAACCACAGGCCACAGGACGUGCUCUCUCCCCCCUACCAUCAUCUUCAUUUCUAGCACUCCCUCUACUUCCUGUGUUACAACGCUCCUCUCCAAUGUCGACAAUGACAGAGGAGGCAUGAAAACACUGUGCACUCGGCCACGCUUCUAUUAAGUAACAUAAACAAUACGAAAAUUAAGGGAGAGUAUGAAAAAAAGACUGGAGUAUUUGCUGGACCGAACAUUCGCUACGGAUUAAAAUUCUGACAUAUAAAAUUUAUACAGGUUGUGCCCCACAGCUCGUAAACAUUUGAAAGUGUCAUAUUCAGAAACUGCAACCACUGCUUUACUGACUAUCGAUUUCUUACUGCUGCUUAUACAUUAUUGGGCUCCCAACCUGAGGUAAUUACCACUAAGGGGCGAAACUAAAUUUUCCAACGCUUCAAAAGAACGUUCAGUUGUGUUAUGAUCACGAAACUAAAUUGUCUAAAAGAUCACUGCUAUUAUCUCAUAAGACUACAAUACUGGUUACAUAGAUUUCCAAUUACACCAUUUCUGCGAAUUUACAGGAUACUGGAAGGCACGACGUCAGCUACUGUAUGGUUUACAAAACUGUGCAUUAAAUUGCAGAGAACAAUCCAACGGGUAAUAUCAAUUUUUUAUACAUCUAAAUAAUCAGUAACCAGUUGAAUAAAAGAAAUUUAAUAUCUUAAUCAGUUUCGGGCACUUAGUGUCCUUCUUCAGAAGGUUACAUUUGUCCCAUUAUUUGCGAAUGUCAACUGUAUACAGCAAUAUACUGUGGUCAUACGGUUCAUAGACUUCCUUCAGCUAACUGAGACAUCGCAAAGUGAAUGUUAUUAGGAAGGCUCUUCCUAAUAUCCUCCAUACCACUAUGUCUUAGUUAGGUGAAUGAAGUUCAGCCCUGCACUAUUUUACAAGGUGAUGUUUAUAGAAAGAAUAGUCGUGACAGAUGUUAUUGCAUAGCACAAUUUCACUUCCUCACACUACUCACUACACACGUAUAUUGUACUUUGUAUCACGCAUCUAUGACAGUAAAAUUGAGACAUACACAUCACAUUUGCUUAAAUAUCUCAUGAACAUGACUUCUUUCAGUUGCAGGUAGUACCCGCAACAAACCAUAAAUUACUUUAUUAUUCACUGCAUAACAGUAACAGAACUGAGAGCACAACAUGGCAGCAACUACGUAAUAGCUACUGCACUACUGUAGAGCGUACACAGUAUUAUUAUCAGUAUUAUUAUUAGCGGCAGUGGUCAGGCACAAAACUUCACCAACGUGAAGUCUUUUAAUUUCUGCCGUUUCAGAAGUAAGGAAUGCAGUAUCUAAGUAAUUUACAAGCAAUAAGUAUAGUGCACAGGUUUUGUCUUGGGUGAUGUUAAGUGGGACUGUGGGGGGCAGAUGAAGUAAGUGUGACCAGAAAGAGAAAUAACGCGGAAUCAUUUUUUUUACAGAGUUGAUAGCUUUGUUUAGUGAGAAGUAUUGAUUCAUUAAUUUCUCAUUUAAUAAAAUAGCUGUCGUCAGAUUAUAAAUAAAAGUGUUGAAAGAAAAAUCUGUUGUUAGGCACUGUGUUGAUGAUGGUGGUGGUGGUGGUGGUGGUCGUGGAGGAGGACGAGGAGGGGGGGGGGGGGAGGUAGAUGACUGAUCUACUAGCUGAUAACUGAUUGCAGUCGUGGAUAAUGGUCUCUGUUAGAUUAGCAAGUAUUGCUAGGCAGGUAGGCUGCAAAUGAUAAAAUGAACCGAUUGGUCAUAAGGAUUUACUGAUCAACAGCCUUUGGGCAUUAUGAAAUUUACUUUUCUUAAAAUUAAUGUUUACAUAGUUGUGCAUUCGUGCACAAUUGAGUUAUUUGGUCUGCAAGGCAAUGAAUUAGUUCGAUUUCCUGCAUGAUAAACCGACAGGUCUAUUAUAAAUAAUUUUUCCACAAUAAUAACAGUUUCAAUAAACAGAUUGGGACACCCAUUGCGGCAGAACUGCUAUUUCCGAAUUUUAUUUAAGCUGAUAUAUGUAGUUGUGAUGGAACGUACUUGCCGGCAAUGGCAUAAGCAUGGUCUGCAUAAUAGAAAAGGUGUUCGUAAAGUUACUAAGCGAAGUAGCGCUCAAAUCAUCCAGUUCGCCACUUUUGUGACACAAAGAAAUAUUUCUGCAGAGCCAUGACGCAUUUUAACAUCAAUACUACUGCUCCAGAAUCCUAUUUUCAGAUACCAAAAAUAGAAAAUCUGGGUAACAGUAUACGCAGGAAAUGUGAGAAAAAUUUAGAACACUACGUCAAUCACAAGGUCAACAAGAAAAAUUUUCAGAUUUAGGUAUGUAAAUGUUCUCUUAAAUGUAACGCAAUCAAUCGUGUUGGUACUGAAAGUCAUAGACAGCCACUAAAAGCAGCUAUCAUGAAUCACUUCAUUUAUGCCACCAAAUUCGGUCAAAUACACAUAACGUUGACAGAUAUAAUUAUCGUAAUUUUUUUUGGUCAUAAUAUUUUUGGAUGUCACGCAUACAACCACACACAACUGCUUAACUGAUAAAACAUUACCGUACCUGAUGGCUUUAUGUUAAGACUGAGUUCGUGCAAAUAAAACAACUUUCACCUACGGUUGUUGGUGAUUCAAUAUGACUUUAAAUAAAUACGAGCUGUGGGACUCCUCAACCUAAAUAUUUCUCAUUGGUUUACAAGGAAAUUGGAGUAUAUACUUCAAACCACAAAAAAAUCAUCAUUUCCUAGUUUCUCUACCUUAUUCCAACUGACACUCCAAGACAAACCACAUCGGAGAGACAAUAUCUCAAAUUUGCUUGGGUGGAAUUUCUGUCCAUAUUCUGAGACUAAUCUGUUCUUCGGACCAUGUGUAUCCUCUCAAGUGUCCUACUUUUGGUCGACGGAAGAGGCAGUGUAGGAAAACAGACAUAUGCACAAAAAGGUUUCUGUGAUGUUGAUUUGAGUAGCUUGUAUGGGACAGCAUUCCAUACGAAAGGCAUGGUCCAGAUUCCGGGCUUUGCGUACCUAAGAAUUUUAAUACGUCACAGAAGUUCAGUCCAGUAAAUACUAAGAACUGUCGGUGUUCGCAAAUGUUUUCAGCUAAAAUAGUUCGAAACAAGCAGUUAAAAACUAAAAAAUAGCUGUUUGCCUAACUGACAAAGUUUUGUGUCUUCCAAGUGAACUCUGUUGUUUAAUAUAACGACGUUUGCUCUGGGCUGCGAGGAAUGCGGCGAAAACGAAAGACUUCUGUGAAGACGCUCGUCGGUGACAAUUUGUGCAUCAAGCAAUGCCAGUAACAACGGUGGAACUAAUAGAAGAGGAAAAGUUAGUUUCCGUUGUUGCGUCGUCACGUUACAACAUACUGAUGAAAAUAAAUAUUAAAACAAUCGUACAUUAUUACGUCAAUGACACAGUAGUCUCAAACUGAAGAUUAAAAAGGUGAUGUCCCUGUAUGUCGAGCAACAGAAUGGGAUCCAUGAGAAAUUCAGUGUGCUCUAAAUAUGUUCCAGUAACUAUAUUUAAACACCAAUCUGAAUCAAAACUUUUCUUAUUUAUGACAAAGAAACAUUUUUCGGUAUAAACGGCUUCACCACUAGGUAAAUUACCUAAAGGAACAUCCCUCGUAACGCAUCUAAUAAACGAGUGUUUAUAAGCGAUUAGCUCUAACAUUGAAAACCUGGUUUAUGUUCAGUUUGGUUCCGAACUGUAAUGGAUUCAUGUUGGGUCAUUCGUUUAUUUUAAUUACUGAUUGCUUUGGCAAAGGAUUUUCCACGAAAGCUUCACAUCUGGAAGACCUUUCUCUUUCUUUUCCAUUACAUACUACAUAAACAAAGCAUGCUGUAACAUACAAGCAGUUGCAACAAGAGAAGUUUACUGCGUUAACACAAAUUCAGAUAUUUGAAAGAGGAAAUGGGUCACAUGUGAAUGAAAAAACAGUCCUUGUUUUUUAAAUUUUCAGGGGAUGCUAAUUUAGAGACGUUUCCGUUAACAAAAAAGCCUAUUUCUCCCAAAUGACAUUAAUUGAAACAUAUUGUGUUCUUUAUUUUACUUCAGUGUUUAAAUGGAAUUCUGAACUGAUCUUCCGAAGUGUUAGUCCUUCACCUUCAUGUUUCUAUUUAUUUCUUUACAUUAAUUUCGUAUUGAUCAAACUCUAUUCCUUUCUUGUUUUUAUAACAAAAAUAAAACAAUUAUACAGUUACAGCAUGUGAAUGAAAUAAGUAUAAUACUGACUCUUUUUAUGACUUGACUCUAAAUAUGUAAAGCUCCCGCAAUUAUCUGUCAGAUAAAUAUGUUCCAUCAACGGAAAUCAAUUACUUCAGUAGUUUUACAAUAUAAAGAUGACUGUUCUACAGCAUCAAAACGAGAAUGUAAUUUAUGAACAGUUAUCUGUGACAGAUGGUCUCCAACUACUACCAUCAUUUGAAGAACAGAACGCUGAAAUCAUUUUGAUAGUUACAGACAUGUAUGAAAAUAAUUUAUUUAAAUUGUAGUUGUUGUUUAUCAUAGAUAAGAAGCAAAAGACUUAGAAACGGUUAUAUUGUUGAGUUUUUUUAGUGUGUUAAGUGAUGUAAAUAGUUUGUACAGAUUAACAUCCAACCAGAGAGUUUUUCCAAGUGUAAAUCUAUUUUACGCUGGGUAAAGUGAAUUUCUAAAUGCAGUAGGGGGAACUCAUUUGGUGCCGAAAUGAUGCAAUGGGUCUCUGAAAAUAGCAGUAUUAAGUCAUUGCUCUAUACAAAUGUACAACUUAUUACCGUAAAGUAUUCACUGUAACUAAAAUCAUUCUACAAAAUUUCAUGUAAAUAACAUUACUAUGUACAGUACUUACUGAUUCCCAUUGAAUCUCCCACCACCCUCCUUCUUUUGUGUAACUCAGUACAAACACAGCUCAUUUGUCUUCUCUAGAACCAAUCGUCAAGGACGGACACUCAAUUGAUUAAUGUUUAAAUAACUGCUUGUAGCCGUCAAAUUAUUUUACGACCCUCUAACAUGAGACUGCAGAUACUCUUUCGAACAAAAAAAACUCUACAAUAAACGCUGAAUAUUCUUAAAAAUUCGUUUAUGUCUAUUUCAUAAUGGCUCUUUAUUUGUAGAUACACUAACCUGUGGAACAAAUGAUUCAUUUGUAUGAAAGCAGCUAACAUAUGAAAACAAUACGCUCAGAUACUUUAGUAUUAUACUUCUUUAAAUCUACCUAUCACUUUAUUUCGCUUUGUUACCAUUCCGAUGUAUCUGUCACUACCUCACAAAACCAGCUAAAAAUGAGUGACAUGUUUCUCGGUUAGCUCAGCAAUUGACAGGCAGUUUUAUUCUCAGUGCACGUCUUCUCCUUGUAGCAAACACUUUAAUCUCCAGCGCCCGCAGUUGUUUUCAUUAUUUUGUCGACUAUUACAUAUUUAUACCAUGUUAAGUAUAGGAAAAUCAUAAGAUGUUUUCGAAGUGAAAUAAUUUACAGUUUAGAUAACUGCUUUUGAGCAGUUAUAUCCAUUUAAGUCAUGUUUUAAUUUAGGGUACUUUCUUUUUUUUAAUUUUCUCUGCAUAAAAAAUUUCUAUAUUUGAAAAUAUCCUGUGUUCAUUCAUUAUUUCUGUUAUUGAGUUCUAACAUAAGUACUCAGUUUUUCUAACUUUCUCAAUCACAUCACAUUCUCACAAUACCUAUUUAAGGUAUAAUAAAUCAAUCAUAUGUGUUGCUCUUUUGUUCUAGUAUCUUAUUCGUAAAACCUCUAAUGCACACCUUACGAUAGGUCAGUUACUGUGAAAUCAUUUCUCCUCGAAGAUUUUGUAAAAUGACCCCUUUCAGAAUUUCAACAUAGUGUAGCCACAAAAUACGGGUUGUAAAUUUGUAAAUAUUGUAAAUAUUAACUGACUCAUUAAAAAGCCUAAACCGGUGGAGGUAGAGUGGUAGUUAUUGUGACGGGUUCUCAUGUUAUCUGCUGUUAAGGUUUAUCAAUCAAACAAGGUUAAUUUAUGUGAUUGGUUUCUGAAGCGUGCUGAUCUGUUUUCGUCUGUCACAGUGCCUACCACCAAGUUUACCGGUCGCGGCAACGCCGUACUAUUGUCUGUGAUAUGGUUACUAUUUAGAGUGUACACUCCUCCACGGAGGAUUACCCGCAAGUAUACCUGAAACCCUGUCUAACAUGCUGCUUAGCGCAACUGUUGCGCAAAAGCCUGUCCUCAGUAGACGUAUAUGAUCUCUGUAAAGAACGGCUAGGAAAUGCACUGCGCUGCGUGAGCUGUAUAUACAACUGGAGAGCUAUGUAACUCUGUAAAAAGAAAAUGUGUUAUUAUUUUGGAGUGAUGCGCAUACUAGAUGCAAUCAAUGUAAAGAAUAAUUGUAAAUGAGUUUUGUAUAAAACAGAUUGUUUUUCUGUUUCCUUGUUUUGUACAAAUGUUUGAUAAAUACUGUGAAAACUAUGUUGUGAUAAUUGUAAAUAAUAUUGUAUCUGA